UUGCAUCAUUUGCGACCAAUGAAGAUAUAGAAAUGUUCUCUCAUUUUAGUGCAUGUAAUUUGAAAUGAUAAGGACAGUAUUCCAAGCUGGUAAGAACUUCGUGGCUUUUCAUCGCCUUCCCGCGGACAUUAGUGCUCGCUCAUUAGUGCACUACAAUUUAGGUGCAGCGAGAAAACGCUUCCACGCUGAGAGUCAGUCCGAACACAGAAUGGCGGAAGCAAAGAAGGCUGGAGCCGCGAUUGGGGCAGAGCUUGAGGCAGCAAAGGCAGAGAUCGCUCGGUUGAAGAGUGAUCCAGAUACUCCCAAAGAGCAGAUUGCAGCACUAUCGAAGAAAAUCAAGUAUCUUCAGAAGGAGCAAGUGGAGAGAGAAAAGUCACAAUUUGUUGUGAAAACAGCCAAGGGCACGCGUGACUAUGGCCCAGUUCAGAUGGCAAUCCGGCAGAAGGUGUUUGGAAAAAUCGAGAGCGUGUUCAAAGCUCACGGUGCAGUUACGAUUGACACGCCGACAUUUGAACUCCGGGAUAUCCUGUGUGGCAAGUAUGGAGAAGACUCCAAGCUGAUCUACGACUUAGCCGACCAAGGUGGCGAGCUGUGCUCUCUACGCUACGACUUGACAGUCCCGUUCGCACGCUACGUCGCCCUGACCUCCGGCACCAAGAUCAAGCGCUACCAGAUUGCCAAGGUGUAUCGCCGUGACCAGCCGCGCAUGACCAAGGGCCGCUAUCGCGAGUUCUACCAGUGUGAUUUUGACAUUGCCGGCGACUACGAUCCCAUGAUCCCCGACACAGAAGUACUGCGCGUCGUGUAUGAAAUCAUCGGUGGCCUGGAUCUCGGCGAUUUUGUCAUCAAGAUUAAUCACAGAAAGGUUCUUGAUGGCAUGUUGGAGGUGUGUGGUGUGCAGAAGAAGAAAAUCCGCGGUACCUGCUCUUGUAUCGACAAGCUGGAUAAGGCUCCUUGGGAAGAGGUUCGCAAGGAGAUGAUCGAGGAGAAGGGCCUAGCGCCCGAGGUAGCAGAUCGUAUCGGCGAAUAUGUACAGUUAAAAGGUGGUGACGACCUCCUGGCCAGGCUAAAGAGCGACGAGAAACUCUCCAAGAACAAGUCGGCUCGCCAAGGCCUACAGGACAUGGAGCUGCUCUUUGGCUACAUCAAGGACUUUGGAAUCAUGCACAGAAUUUCGUUCGACAUGAGCUUAGCGCGUGGUCUCGAUUACUACACCGGCCUCAUCUACGAGUGCAUUCUAGUCGGCGAGCAGGCUCUUCUGACAGAUGUUCCAGAGCUGGACGCCGGGGUUGGCCCCAGUGCCGAUGCAGCAACAGCAGCAGCUGCGCCAGCUGCUGACGCAGCGGCCACACCAGCUGCCGACGCAACAGCUGCACCAGCUGCAAGCGAGGAUGCUAGCGAAGAAGGCAUGCCAGUUGGUGUGGGCUCCAUUUCCGGUGGUGGUCGCUACGACAACCUUGUUGGACUGUAUUCUGGCUCUCAGGUCCCCUGCGUCGGUGUCAGUAUCGGCAUUGAGCGCGUCUUCUCUAUCUUGGAAGCCAAGGAGCAUGCCAAGCUGCAGGAGGCCAAGGCGAAGGGCGAGCGCUACAUCAUCCGCAAGCGCGAGACCGAGGUGUACGUGGCGUCGGCCGAGAAGAACAUGACCGGCGAGCGCACCAAGCUCUGCUGCACGCUCUGGGACGCCGGCAUCAAGGCCGAGCUGGCCUAUAGGAAGAACCCGAGGAUGCUCGACCAGAUGCAGUACUGCGAGGCCGAAGGCAUUCCGCUGGCUCUGAUCAUCGGCUCACGGGAGCUGGAAAACGACGAGGUGUCGCUCAGAGUGGUCGACACGCGCGAGCAGAUUGCUGUGAAGCGUGGCGACCUACUGGACGAAGUGCGCAAACAGCUGGCCAGGCUGUGAACAUGGUGCAACACAUGUCCCACCAACUCCACCGCCACCAUCACCAGUGUUGAGGAAUCUGAAGUACGGCGCUCACACUAUACCGUCAAUAUUUCUCUAUAAUUUUUGGCACGUUUUCCACUGGUUAUGGUCGUGACUAACAAAAUACAUGCAGGCGAAUAUUUAUUGCCCGUGCCAAAAACGCCAGCAGGAUUCAUAAAAUAUUAGAAACAUUUUCUUACCAUCAUGCAGCACAUGUAGGUCGAUGUUGUGUAGUUGAAAGAGAAUUGCCGUGUGGAA